AUGGAAUGGAAAAAAUAUUACAUGGACAUGAUGCUUGUGCCAUUGGGGUUAGUCAUCAUCCUUGCAUAUCAUGUCUUGUUAUGUCACAAGUGUCGGACACAGCCUUUCACCACAAUCAUGGGACGAGAUGCUGAUGGUCGCCGAUUUUGGGUUGGUGCCAUGAUGAAGGACAUUGACAAGAAGCACAUUGUAGCAGUCCAUUCUCUUCGAAACAUAAUAAUGGGGACAACCCUUAUGGCCACAACAUCCAUUCUCCUCUGUGCUGGCCUAGGAGCAGUCAUCAGCAGCAGUUACAGUGUUAAAAAGUCAAUCGACGACUCAGUUUAUGGAGCAAAUGGUGAAGUUGUGGUGACACUGAAAUACGCCAUCAUCCUCACCAUAUUAUCAUGCUCAUUUUUCUGUCACACUCUAGCUGCAGGGUUUGUGAAUCAAGUGAAUAUCCUCAUUUGCACUCCACAAGAUGUCAAGUCCAUGGUAACACCAGAGUAUUUGACUGAGCAUAUGAGAAAGGCAACAAUUUUGAACGUGGUAGGGAACAGGCUUUUCUAUUCCGCACUUUCCUUGACACUUUGGAUCUUUGGGCCUGUGCUACCUUUCUUGUCUUCAAUUGUAAUGGUGUUUGUACUAUACAAACUUGACUUUGUGCCUGGGAAGAACAGCAACAACAAGGUAGAGGAUUUGAUACAAAAUCAAGUUUGAGACUCAAUUGCCCAUGAGGAAUCUUAUCUAUAUACUUUAGAAAAGAGGAAGGCUAUGAGCCCCACCUCCAUGACAUGACACUCCAAGACCCACUCUCUACCACCCCCCUCUUUACGUGACAAAUGUCACCUCCUAAUUAUUUUGGACCUCAAUUGUAAAAGCCCAAUUACGUAUUUCAGUUUUUAGCCCAUUAAUCAAUGAAUGGGGUUUUUCAUUUAAUGGUUUAAUGACUCUUAAUUUGUUUCCAAGC